GGGGUGUCUGUGUGGAGAGAGAAGGGGCUCCUUCCUUCCUUCCAGACUCGCUGCCCUCAGGGCUGCAAGCUUCCUUGCUGCUCUUGCUCCGGGGGCCGGGCCUUGGAAGAGCAGGAGCAGCUCCUCCUGGUUGCACGGCGUAGUAGUUGACCGGGUAACAGAGGGGGAGGAGGAGAGAGAGAGAGAGAGAGAAAGGGAAAGGGAGAGUGGCGGAGGAAUGUGGCCUCCGAGGGGCUGAAAGAUGGUGGCUGCUGCUGCUGCUGCUGCUGGGGAAGGAGGGCUGGCAGCCAUGCCUAAGGUGUUGGAGGAGCCGGACGGAAAGGCAGCCGUGAGCUGAACAGCAACGGCAGUGGAUUUAUCCAGUUUGGGAUCUUAUUUAUUUUUAGCGUAAUCCGGAGGAGUGGCAGCUAUCAUGACUGUCUUCAGGCAAGAGAACCUGGAUGAUCACUAUGAGGUCGGAGAGGAACUUGGCAGUGGGCAGUUUGCAGUAGUAAGGAAAUGUCGUGAGAAGAGCACUGGUUCACAAUAUGCUGCAAAAUUCAUCAAGAAACGAAGAACAAAAUCCAGUCGUCGAGGAGUGAGUCGAGAAGAUAUUGAACGAGAAGUGAACAUAUUAAAAGAAAUUCAGCACCCCAAUGUGAUUACGCUGCAUGAUGUUUAUGAAAGUAAAAUGGAUGUAAUUCUUAUUCUGGAACUUGUUGCAGGAGGGGAACUGUUUGAUUUUUUAGCUGAAAAAGAAUCCCUAACUGAAGAGGAAGCCACAGAGUUUCUCAAGCAAAUCCUUAAUGGUGUUGACUAUCUCCACUCUUUGCAAAUUGCACACUUUGAUCUCAAGCCUGAGAACAUAAUGCUGCUGGAUAGAAAUGUGCCAAAGCCUCGCAUCAAGAUCAUUGACUUUGGCUUAGCACACAAAAUAGACUUUAGCAAUGAGUUUAAGAACAUUUUUGGGACACCUGAAUUUGUUGCUCCUGAAAUAGUUAACUAUGAACCACUGGGUCUUGAGGCAGAUAUGUGGAGCAUUGGUGUGAUCACUUACAUUCUCCUGAGUGGUGCAUCACCAUUUCUUGGAGAGACAAAACAAGAAACCUUAGCAAAUGUGUCUGCAGUGAACUAUGACUUUGAGGAAGAAUUUUUCAGUAAUACCAGUGCACUAGCUAAAGAUUUUAUAAGAAGACUUCUAGUUAAGGAUCCAAAGAAGAGAAUGACAAUUCAGGACAGCUUACAGCAUCCCUGGAUCAAGGUUAGUAAACAAAAUCAGUUCAUUGAUACACCAGGCAAUAAGGAAAUACCAGAAGAGGAAAGGAACCAGUAUGAUGAGGAAGAUUCAUUUGUAAUGAAAGCCAUCAUACAUGCCAUCAAUGAUGACAACGUUCCUGGUCUCCAGCACCUUCUGGGGUCUUUAACCAAUUAUGACAUCAAUCAACCAAACAAGCAUGGAACACCUCCAUUUCUAAUUGCAGCUGGAUGUGGGAAUAUUCAAAUGCUUCAGUUAUUUCUGAAGCGAGGCGCUCGCAUUGACGUCCAGGAUAAGGCAGGAUCUAAUGCAAUCUACUGGGCAUCUCGACACGGUCAUGUAGAAACUCUGAAAUUUCUCUAUGGAAAUAAAUGUCCUUUGGAUGUUAGAGACAAGUCUGGAGAAACUGCACUCCAUGUAGCAUCCCGGUAUGGUCAUGUUGAUGUGGUUCAGUACCUGUGCAGCACUGGAUCAAAUCCAAAUUUUCAAGAUAAAGAAGAAGAAACACCUUUGCACUGUGCUGCUUGGCAUGGCUACUACCUUGUUACCAAAGCACUGUGCAAGGCAGGCUGUAAUGUGAACGUUAAAAAUAGAGAAGGGGAAACCCCACUCUUGACAGCAUCAGCUAGAGGUUACCAUGAUAUUGUGGAAUGUUUGGCAGAACAUGGCGCUGACCUUGAUGCAACUGACAAGGAUGGACAUAUAGCUCUUCACCUGGCAGUCCGAAGAUGUCAGAUGGAAGUGGUUAAAACGCUCAUCAGUCAGGGAUGUUCUAUAGAUUUCCAGGACAGACAUGGGAACACUCCUAUUCAUGUAGCCUGCAAAGAUGGAAACAUCCCCAUCGUGAUGGCACUCUGUGAAGCAAAUUGUAACAUUGAUGUCACUAAUAAGUAUGGGCGAACACCUCUACAUCUGGCAGCAAACAAUGGCAUUCUUGAUGUUGUCCGAUACCUCUGUCUCAGUGGAGCUAAUGUGGAAGCUUUAACAUCUGAUGGAAAAACAGCAGAAGAUUUGGCUAGAGCUGAGCAGCAUGAGCAUGUAGCCAGUCUACUUACAAGGCUAAAAAAGGAUACACAUAGAGCAAUGUUCAUCCACCAACUUAGACCUACUCAUAAUCUACAGCCAAGAAUAAAACUUAAGCUCUUUGGCCAUUCUGCAUCUGGGAAAACUACUCUGGUAGAGUCCCUAAAGUGUGGGCUGUUGAGAAGCUUUUUCAGAAGGCGCAGACCAAGGCUUUCUUCUACAAACUCAGUCAGGUUUCCUCCUUCACCGUUAUCUAAUAAGCCAUCAGUUUCAGUAAGUAUUACCAACCUCUACCCUGGCUGUGAGAAUGUGAGCGUCAGAAGCCGGAGCAUGAUGUUUGAGCCAGGCCUGACCAAAGGGAUGUUGGAAGUAUUUGUUUCGCCUUCUCACCAUUCCCACAGCUCAACAGAUGACCAAUCUACCAAGGCCAUUGAUGUUCAGAAUGCUUACUUGAAUGGAGUUGGUGACUUUAGUGUGUGGGAAUUCUCUGGGAAUCCUGUGUAUUUCUGCUGCUACGAUUAUUUUGCUGCAAACGAUCCCACCUCAGUUCACAUUGUGCUUUUUAGCCUUGAGGAACCCUAUGAAAUACAGUUGAAUCAAGUGACCUUUUGGCUUAGUUUCCUAAAAUCACUUGUCCCAGUUGAAGAACCUAUAGCAUUUGGAGGAAAGCUGAAAACUCCACUGCAUGUUGCACUCGUGGCUACUCAUGCCGACAUUGUAAAUCUUCCACGUUCUACUGGAGGAGAAUUCCUAUAUGACAAGGAUACAUCACUUUUGAAAGAAAUUAGGAAUAGGUUUGGGAAUGACCUCCAUAUUUUGGAUAGAUUAUUUGUUUUGGAUGCUGGUGCAUCUGGCUCAAAAGAUAUGAAAAUUCUUCGGAAUCACCUUCAAGAAUUGCGCAGUCAAAUUAUCUCUGCAUGUCAACCUGUGACCCACUUGUGUGAAAAAAUCAUCUCCACCUUACCAUCAUGGAGAAAAAUGAAUGGACCCAACCAACUCAUGUCAUUGCAGCAGUUUGUAUAUGAUGUGCAGGAUCAGCUUAAUCCAUUAGCAAGUGAAGAUGAGUUAAGACAUAUUUCACAGCAGUUGCACAGUAUAGGAGAAAUCAAUAUCAUGCAGAGUGAAACUGUCCAAGAUGUUGUCCUACUGGAUCCUCGUUGGCUGUGUUCAAAUGUCCUUGGAAAACUCCUGUCAGUAGAAAACCCCAAAGCUCUCCAUCACUAUAGAGGUCGGUAUACAAUAGAAGACAUCCAGCGCCUAAUACCAGACAGUGAUAUAGAAGAACUUAUACAGAUCUUGGAUGCCAUGGAUAUCUGCGCCAGAGAUCUCAGCAGUGGAACAAUGAUUGACAUCCCUGCCUUGAUCAAGACUGAUAGCCUCCAUAGAUCUUGGGCUGAUGAAGAGGAUGAAGUGAUGAUUUAUGGUGGUGUAAGAAUUGUUCCUGUGGAACACCUAACCCCGCUUCCGUGUGGAAUUUUCCACAAAGUUCAGGUAAAUCUGUGCAGGUGGAUUCAUCAACAGAGUACAGAGGGAGAUGCAGAUAUACGUCUGUGGGUAAACGGAUCAAAGAUUGUGAACCGUGGAGCUGAGCUUCUUGUGCUACUUGUCAACAAUGGUCAAGGAAUUGAAGUUCAAGUCAGAGGCCUGGAAACAGAGAAGAUCAAAUGCUGCUUAUUCCUAGACUCAGUGUGUAGUACUAUUGAUAAUCUGAUGGCCACAACAUUGCCAGGUCUCUUAACAGUCAAACAUUAUCUCAGUCCUCAGCAACUGAGGGAACAUCAUGAACCAGUUAUGAUCUAUCACCCAAGAGAUUUUUUCCGGGCACAGAGUCAAAAGGAGACUUCGCUAACUAAUACCAUGGGUGGAUAUAAAGAAAGCUUUAGCAGUAUAUUGUGCUUUGGCUGUCUUGAUGUCUACUCACAGGGAAACUUGGGGAUGGAUAUCCAUGUAUCAGAUCUGAAUCUGCUUACAAGGAGAAAAUUGAGUCGGCUUCUGGACCCACCAGAUCCCAUGGGCAAGGACUGGUGCCUUCUUGCUAUGAACUUGGGCCUUCCUGAUCUCGUGGCAAAAUAUAAUAUAAACAAUGGGAAUCAACAUGACUUUAUACCAAGCCCGUCCUAUGCCCUUCUGCAUGAAUGGGGCAAUGCCCCUGAAAGUUCUGUGGGUAUCCUCAUGUCCAAGUUGAGGGAACUGGGCCGCAGAGAUGCAGCUGACUUUUUACUAAAAGCAUCCUCUGUGUUCAGAGUCAGUCUAGAUGCAAAUGGCCAAGAAGCCUAUGCUUCAAGCUGUAACAGUGGGACAUCAUACAAUUCAAUUAGCUCGGUUGUUUCUCGGUGAAAGCAAAUUCUAGAAAGCGUACAUUUUUCUAAUUGCAGCUGAUGAGAAAGGAUUCCAUAUGGCAGUUUUGUAUGUAUUAAUAAAUGUCUCCAUCAGUGGCUUGCCACCAUUCCCCCAGCAUCACUUUUAAAUGACCAUCUACUUUUUAACUGUGACCUGUUGCUCUUAUUUUAGUUUUAAAAGGCUGGUGUACUUCUGGUAUUUUACCAUUCUGAUUAUACAUUGUGCUGCUUAAAUAAUCAUUUUAAAUAGAAGGACUCCAGCUUUUCAGUAACCAAGAAAGGGUUUUUUAAUAUAUAUAAAAGAAAACAUUUUCUUAACAGAAUAUGACUAUGUAAUGUGAUUAAAGCUCAUUCUUAUGUCCUUAUUUUUAUUCAUUGUGCUUGUUUAAUUUUUUUAAAAGAUAUUUAUAGCAAAGUAAUGCUAUUCUAUUUGGAUUUUAACACCAAGCUUAGGAACAAAAAAGUGAGUGCCUUUUGCAGAAGAUAAUGUGGUUAAAAUCAAGUGAUCCUGUUAAGCUGUAAGACAAUGCUACCUCUAUUUCACUGUCUGCAUGCUGGCUGUUACAAGUGGUGCUUGCCUUUGUGUUUUCCUGAAGUUUUAAGAUACUCAUUCUGCUGAAGAGCUUUCAUGUUGGAUACCAACAUGAGAGUAGAAACAUAUAAGACAUUAUCAGUUUUAUUUCCGUUUAAGUGGAAUGAAAUUUUAAAAACCCAUGAACUUGCACCUUCCAUUAUUUCCACAUAUCUCAGGUAAAGAUUUGACACAAAUGUAAAGUUCACCAAGGCACAGAUACAAGUGUUAACUAAAUGGACUUAUUCUGUAUUUUAACAGUGAUCAUUUGUGCAAAUCAAAUGGUUUGACUUUCAGAUACUAGUGUGCUUAUUUCUUAUACUUGAAGGUUUACUUUUUUUAAUUAAGGAAAGCAAGAAUUUCUUGCAGUGAGAGAACUUAAAAUUGGUAUGAGGGAACAAGACUAUUUCUUCUGUUCUGAAAAGCAUGUAAUGUUAAUGGUACAAGAUAUAUUAUGUGUAUAUACAAAUAUAAGGUAUGUAUAUAUAUUAAUACUGUUUUUCCUUAAUCUUUGUUGUAGUAAAAUUUCAAAGGAUUUUUUUUUUACAAAUAAACUGUUGCCUGUUGCAACUUUUUCACCA